AUGUCCCGAGCUCCAACAACAGCUGGCGAAAAACACCAGAAUGAGGAUGUCGAUCAAAAGAAAACCAAACGGAAACGGAAGGGCUCCAAAGAACAAAAGAAUAAAACCAACGAAGUCAAUGGGCAGCAAAAUUUAAAAGUCGAAACCGAAGCGAUCUCAAAUAAGGAAAGACGGAAACGAAGGAAGUUAGAGAAAAGGAAAGCAAUGGGCGAGGAGGAUGAGGUCGAUAAUUCAAAGACGACAGAGACAGUGACGAGUUCUCGGAAAGUGGAAUCGAUUUUCACGACGGCCACCAGAUCGAAGCAUGGUGUAUGGGUUGGAAACCUACUCUUCACGACGACGGCUCGAGAACUAGCUCAGUUCUUCCAGCCUGUGGGGACGGUGACUCGGCUGCACAUAUCCGCAGGCAAGCGGCCACACGAAGCAAACAGCGGAUUUGCAAACGUAGACUUUGCGAGCGCCGAGGAUGUCGACGCGGCCCUCGAGAAGUGCGAGUGCCAGCUCGGCGGCCGCAAGCUUCUUAUCAAGCGUGCCUCCGAUUACUCCGGCCGCCCUUCCGCUACACCCGCCUCCGCUGAUCCCUCUAAUCCCUCUCUCCAAUCUGCCGCCGCCCCACCCCCAACAGUCAGUAAAUCCGUCCGAAAAAUACUCGACCGUCAGAAACAACCUCCGGCACCCUGCAUUUACUUUGGCAAUUUGAGCUUCGAAACAACCAGUGAAGGUAUUGUUUCGAUGUUACACGCCCAUCACCGAGCCCAACAAGCAUGGAAGCCUAAAGCAUCCAACUUGAAAUCAAAGACAAAGGGAAACGAUACAGAUGAGGAUGAAUUAGACGACGAAGAACCUGAAAAAGCAGGAGGGAAGAGAAAGCUAGAUAGUCGUUCGGCUGAGGUCGGGAUCCGCAAGGUGCGAAUGGGCACGUUUGAAGAUUCGGGAAAAUGUAAGGGGUUUGCCUUUGUGGAUUUCGAGACGGUCGAGCAAGCGACAAACGUGCUAACAAACCUGAAGAACCACCAGCUUGACGGCCGAAUUCUAACGGUCGAGUACGCCUCUGCGGAUGCCGUCAAGCGUGGCGGGGGCUCGGCGCGGUUGAUCCAGCAAAAGCGAGGCUACCCCGGCCCGCCGGCGUCGACAGGACGGAUGACACGAGAUGGGGCCCCACAACCCAGGCGGCCCCGCCCACAUCCGCUACCCUCAUCGGCCCCCUACUGUCCACCCACCCCCGCGCAUAUCCCCGAGCCUAUUGCUCCUCCUCCCCCCAUCGCCAACGAAGCCGUCAGAAAAGUCAAGAAAGAGUUCAAGGGAAGACAGAAACCUGGGGCCGCUCUGGCGAACGCUCAACGCGCCCCAACGGGAAUCGUCAAGAACCCGGAGACUGUCGGCAAGAAGACUGUGUUCAGCUGA